AUACUGAAGGAGGCUGUACCUGACGCGCAAUGAUACAGACUGGGGAACAGAGCGCCCUAUUCCCGGGAAGGUAGCGGCCUGGGCUGGGUGGAGUUCAAGCUGUGAGAGGGAAGCGCGGCUGAGCAGAGUACUGGCGCUUUGGCUGACCUUUUGGAUACCGAAUUGCAAACAAUUGUAACAUCACUAAAAUGGACAGCAUUAUUGAUCCUGGUUUCUUGAGUCGGGUCAUUGGAAAAACCAUCAAAAUUACACUGACCACUGGUUCUAUCCAGGGUGUGUUAAUUAAUGUUCACCCUGGCCGGACCAUCCUUAUAAACAAAGUUAAAGAUUUGGCAACAGGCAAGAUGAUACCUGGAGCACAACUGCUAUUUGGAUAUACUAUUUUAAAUGUGGAAUUACAGAAAGAUCUGGAAGAGGUUCCUGUGAAGCAGUCUGAAGAACAGACCACUGAGGAGCGGGAACAAGCUCCCACAGAGCAAGACCAUAUAGAUGAUGGCAGUCAAGACGCAGAGAGAACACAAUCUGACACUGGCAAACCCCAAGACCUUCGCACUCGAACGCUGCAAGUCAUAAAGCUUUCAGUGGAUGAGGAGGAGGUGGAAUACACUAUUAUUGAUCAGUUCCAGCCAAUAUUUGGCCCAGCUAUCCAUCACCUCCAAAACCAGAAAGUUAUCAGCAUAGGCGCUGUUGGACAGAAUAUCUGUCGACAUGGAAAGCUCUCAUGGUUGCAGUUUGCAACCAAAAGUCGGGUAUAUCUCUUUGAUGUUCUUGUCCUUGGAUCAAAAGUCUUUAAAAAUGGAUUACAGAUGGUGCUUGAAGAUACAGGUAUACUUAAGGUGAUUCAUGAUUGUCGCUGGCUUGGAGAUAUUUUGUCCUACCAGUAUGGGAUUAUCCUUAACAAUGUGUUUGACACACAGGUUGGGGAUGUCUAUCUGUUUUCCAUGGAAACAGGAGGCUUCCUACCACACCGCAUUAGAACACUGGAAGAGUGUCUGAUACACCACCUCAGCAUGCUGCCCUCGAGGGUUUCCUUUCUGGCUCAUAAACUGCCUUUAACUGAGGAAUACGAUGAUAUCUGGUUUGAUCGCCCAAUGGACCCUACUCUCCUAAAAUUAUUGUCACUGGAAGUUAUCCACCUUCUGCCACUACGCUCUGCUAUGCUAGAUGCUAUGUUAGCUGACUUUACUUUAUUGGUUGAGGGGUACCUCAAUGCCUUCCGACGGGGAACAGCAAACAUACUUGAAAGUUCAGAGGUUUCUGGUUCUGGGCUUCCCAAAGAACUUCAACAGCUCCGUGUCCUUCAGCAGAUGAGAAGAGAAAAAGCUUUAAAAGAGUAUGAUGUGAACAAUAAAGGGCUUUUAACAAGGGGAAAGGCUGAGAAAGCACCACAAAGUAAACCCUCCAUAACAAAACAUGACACUGAGCCAGAGAAUGCAGUGAAGUUAACCAUGAAGUCAGAAGAAUCACUCUAUCAAACGAUGGCAACCAGUGCAACGCACUUGGAGAACCAAGAAAAAAAUCAUGGUGCAUUGUGUCAGAAUUUCCCUGUCAGGUCUAAUUUUUGUCCCAGAGGGCCCUGUGAUAGUUUAAAGCCUCAACCUCUGCGCCCUCCUUUGCCUUCCUUGGUUGCAAAUCUCAGAAUGCCAUCUCUACUAGCAAUGGGCAAAUAAUGGCACACCAACAACAAAUGUCUCAUAUGUUGCAAAAUGUUUUUGAAAUAUCAUGUUUGAAUUUCACUCUAUAAUAAUCUUGUUUUUGUCACUGUUUAUAAUUAACUAAAUAGUUAUUACUAAUUUACUACAGAGUAGAUAUUUGGGUAGCACUUUAUAUAUAAAUAGAAGUCUUUGGAUGGUAUUAUUUUACCUUAUUUGGGGUGUUUCGUUUUUUUAUGUUGUAUAACUUACUGGCACUAUAUCAUACUAUAAUAAAUGACCAUUUCUAGGGUACGUGCUGCUGCUUAACUUUCAUAUCAGAUAAUCAGUAUCUGAUAUCCACAAGACAUAUUAACUGGAAAUUUUUUCAGUAACUACACAGGAAAAGCAGCUGUGUAUUAAAGGAGAACUAAAUAUAUAAUCAGUGGGGAGUGCCAAAAUAUUAAGACACCACCUCAGUGAUUAUAGUCUAUUACCCAAUAACCUGGGCCAGUGCUCCUGUUUGCUAAAAACUGCACCAGCCCAGGGUAUUUCUGUAGACGUCAAUUGUAGCCAUCUUGUUUGGCUUCUUUGGUCGUCUUUUAGAUCCAUGCAGGUUCAUGUGCAGUAGAGUGAAAAAGCAAACUGACAUACAAAAAGCUUUUUCACUCUACUGUGCAUAGAAAAGAAGAAAGAAACAUCAGAAGAUUGUUAAAAAUGAGCUCCUACAGAAAUACCCCAGUUUUAAGCAAACAGAAAACCAGGCCAAGGCAUCGGGUAAAUAUAAUUACAGGGGAGGGCUAAGAUUUUGCAUCCCCCAAUGAUUAUACCUUUCCUUCUCUUUUAACGGAGCAGCAAUAUUUGACAAGUAUAUACAGUUGAGUAAAAAUUAAGUACAUCCCAUGUAAAAUGUUUUUCUUAGUUUUUAAGAUAUGUAGACAUGUCAGUAUUAGAUCUUCAUUUAAAUAGUAUAUAAGAUAAAGGUGAUGUCACUGAACAAAAAAACAAGGAAAAUUUGAAAUGCAAUAAUUGAUUCAAUAAAAUAUUAACGGAUA